AGCCAGCUGAGUAUGGACUGAAACCUCCAGUAACUGUCCUGCCAUUCCGGUAAGGGAUAAAAAGUGAGUGAAAAAAGACUUCCUGGACUUGUAUAUCAUUUCUGGAGACACGCUUCAUCAGUGACUAAGAUUAUUAGGGCAUCUACAGAAGAAGCACAACAGAGUAUUCCACUUGGCUAUUUCCCUAAACAGAAGAAAAUGACCAACGUUCAGGAGCCAUUGACACUGGAGGAUGUGACUGUGACAUUCACGCAAGAUGAGUGGCAGCUCUUGUGUCCAGCACAGAAGAAUCUAUACAGAAAUGUGAUGUUGGAGAACUACAGCAAUCUGGUGUCAUUGGAAAAUGGCCAAGUUGUUAAUCAUGUACAGUGUCACAUGAAAAAUCAAAGAAUGCUAAAAGAUAUGGAACAAUACCAUAAACACAAUCCAUUUAUAGAUACUGUUCUUCAAAGCAAAAAUCAUUUUGAGUUAUAUACAAAAUAUUUCAAGUCAAAUUUAAGUUUUGUCAACCAGAACAGAAACUAUGAAAUGAAGAGUGCUACUGAGUUUAAGGAAAAUGUGGAGACAUUAAUGAAUGGCAAGUGUGAACAGUUACAUUCUGCAGUAAAAUUUUCUGUAAGCAGAAAACCCAUUAGUAAGUCCCAAGUCAUUAAGCACCAGAAAUUUCAUGAAAUAGAGAAAAAGCAUAUAUGCAGUGAAUGUGGGAAAGCCUUUAUCAGGAAGUCUCAACUUACUGAUCAUGAAAGAGUUCAUACAGGAGAGAAACCUUUUGGGUGCAAUAUGUGUGCAAAAGCAUUCUCCAGGAAGUCCAGGCUCAAUGAACAUCAGAGAAUUCAUAAGAAAGAGCAUUCGUUUACAUGCAGUGAAUGUGGAAAAGUCUUUACCAUGGAGAGCCGUUUGAUAGAACAUCAACGAAUUCACACUGGAGAGAAACCCUAUGUAUGCAGUGAGUGUGGAAAAGGGUUCCCAGGCAAGCGUAAUCUCAUUAUACAUCAGAGAAAUCAUUCUGGAGAGAAAUCCUAUGUAUGUAGUGAGUGUGGAAAAGGCUUCAUUGGAAAAAGCAUGCUUAUCAUACAUCAGCGAACUCAUACAGGAGAGAAGCCCUACAUAUGCAGUGAAUGUGGGAAGUGCUUCACCACAAAGUACUAUGCCAUCAUACAUCAACGAAAUCAUUCAGGGGAGAAACCACACAUAUGCAAUGAAUGUGGGAGGGGCUUUACCAUAAAACGUCGUCUGAUUGAGCAUCAGCGAAUUCAUACAGGAGAGAAACCAUAUGUAUGUAUUGAAUGUGGAAAAGGAUUUCUUAGGAACAGUAAUCUUAUCGUACAUCAGAGAAAUCAUGUAUUAGAGAAAUCACAUAUAUGCAAUGAAUGUGGGAAAGGCUUCACUGUGAAGACUGCGCUCAUUAUACAUCAGCGAUCUCAUACAGGAGAGAAACCCUUUAUUUGCAGUGAAUGCGGGAGAGGCUUCUCUUUGAAGAGUCGACUGAUUGUACAUCAACGAACACAUACUGGAGAGAAACCUUACAAAUGUAGUGAAUGUGGGAAAGGUUUCAUUCUGAACAGUGCAUUAAUGAUACAUCAGCGAAUUCAUACUGGAGAGAAACCCUAUGUAUGCAAUACAUGUGGAAAAGGUUUUGCCUUUACAAGCAAUCUUGCUGUACAUCGGCGAACUCAUACUGGAGAGAAACGUUUUGUGUGCAGUGAAUGUGGAAAAGGCUUCACCAUGAGACGUUAUCUCAUUGCACAUCAGCAAAUUCAUAUAAAAGAGAAAUCACAUACAUGUGAAUGUGGAAAAGGCUUUGUCACAGAAAGUGAGCUCAUUUUGCAUAAGCAGAUUCAUACUGGAGAGAAACCAUAUGCAUGCAGUGAGUGCGGUAAAGGCUUCAAUGUGAAAAGCAGCCUACUUGUUCAUCAGAGAACUCACUCGGGAGAAAAACCCUUUAUUUGCAGUGAUUGUGGAAAAGCCUUCUCCUCGAAGAGAAAUCUCAUUGUACACCAGCAAACUCAUAAUGGAAUCAAACCCUGACAAUGCAAUGGAUAAUGCUCAUUCCUUCAGGAAGAAAAUGUGUCUUGUAUACCAGGUAUUUCAUGUAGGAUAGAUUUGAUGCAUAUUGAGUGUGGAAAAUUCUACUUCUACACUAUGAAGUCUUAAUUAUUCACCAGAAAAUUUAGAUGGAAGAAUUUAAUGGAAUCACUGGGAAAAUCUUCAAUUUGAGUUGUCUUCUUAAACCCUUUGAUGCUCCCAAUGUAAACAAACAACUCAUACUAGAGAGGAGACUGGAUUUAGCAGUUGGGGCUGACCUAAUUUAUAAAGUUGCAUUAAAAAUACUACACACGUGAGCAAUAUGUUAUGUCAGGGCAUGUAAUCCUUUGCACAGAAUCUGAAUUCAUUACAUACAAGCAAACUCACGAGAGGUAAACUAUAAUAGUACUUGAACUCAUGUAUUAGUGUGCUCCUAGCAUACUUAAGUACUAUAUAGUGUAGAGCAAUAUGUUAAUGUAUGAAAUAAAACAUCUAUAGAGAAUGUA